GGCUGGGGACCUAAAUAGUGAUGCGCCGCCGUCAUCCACUCUGGCGUUAGCCUGGUUCCUUUGUUUCUGUCUCUUUUGAACUUUUGCCUGUUGAUCGUGCGUCCUGCGGUGCUUUACGCCGUCCGUCUUCAAAUAACCAGAUAUUUUCGUCUGAGCUUGGGAGUUUAGCUCUUUUAGGGCAUCUAAGCCAACAACCACAUCGACGCCGCGCCAAGACCGACAGAAACAGAAGAGCAUAACGAGUGAGCAUAACGACCGAAGUGCGCCCCGGGGAUAGAGCAGUCGCCAUAGUCUCAGUUACCACCAUGGCUUCCCGUGCUGAGACACAGGAGCCUGCCGCCGUCGCGGCUGCAGCCGCAGUAACCAACACCGCUGCCAGCGAGGCUACCAACACGGAGAUUGCGCCGUCAGCCGAUCUGACGACAGCACAAUGCAGCGCCAGCGAAACAGAAGUCCAGCAUGACCAGGACAUUGAAAAGGCCAAGGGAGCAGCGCCGACGGAGGAGGAUCCCAAUAUUGUCUUCUGGGACGGCGAUGACGAUCCUCAGAACCCGUACAACUGGCCAACAUGGGUCAAGGUGUUUAACUGUGUUCUCAUCAGUGCACUCACCUUUGUCACACCCCUCGCAUCAUCAAUGUUUGCACCCGGUGUGCCAACUCUUAUGCAUGACUUCCAUACCACAAGUCCCUUGCUGGGUUCCUUUUGCGUCUCCGUUUAUGUUCUUGGUUUCGCUGCCGGCCCUAUGAUUUUUGCUCCCAUGUCAGAAGUCUAUGGUCGCUUAUGGAUCUACAACUGCGCCAACUUGUGCUUCUUCUUAUUCCUCAUUGCCUGUGCACUAGCGCCUGACAUGAACUCACUGAUUGUAUUCCGAUUCUUUUCGGGCGUCUUUGGUUCUGCGCCUCUCACCAAUGGUGGUGGCACCAUCGCCGACAUGAUCCUCCAAGAACAUCGAGGUGCCGCCAUGGCCAGUUUCGCCAUCGGCCCUCUUCUUGGUCCCAUCAUCGGCCCUGUUAUCGGCGGCGUCGUUACUAAUGCCGUUGGCUGGCGCUGGGUCUUCUGGAUCAUCGCCAUCAUUUGUGGCGUAAUCUCCAUCCUAUUUCUCAUUUUUGCCCGUGAGACCUACGCACCAACACUCCUGCAACGCAAGGUCAAUCGCCUUCGCAAAGAAACCGGCAACCCGAAUCUCCGAAGCAAACUUGACACCGGCCUUUCUGCUAAGGAACACUUUAGCCGCGCCAUCCUCCGCCCUAUCAAGCUCCUUGUGCUUUCACCUAUUUGCGCCAUCUGCAACCUCUACGUCGGCAUUGUGUAUGCCUACUUGUACCUCAUGUUCACCAGUCUCACGCCUCUCUUUAUUGAAGUAUACAACUUUGACACAGUCCAUGCAGGCCUUACUUUCCUCGGCCUCGGUGUAGGCAGCAUGGCUGGCGUUGUGUACUUUUCUUCCUCUAGCGACAAGUAUAUGAAGAAGAAGGCAGCCGAAGAAAAGGCAGCACUUGUCGCUUCUGGCGAAGUCGGAGCUGAUCAGGAUCUAUCCCCAUUGCCGAUGAAGCCUGAGUAUCGCCUUGCACCGCUGAGAAUUGGUGCCAUCCUGCUCCCGGCCGGUUUCUUCAUCUACGGAUGGACUGCGUACUACCACACCCACUGGAUCGCGCCCAUCAUUGGCACCGCUGUUAUUGGUGUUGGUAACCUCAUUGUCUUCAUGUCUCUUCAACUGUACCUUGUCGACGUCUUCACUACCUAUGCAGCAUCUGCACUCGCAGCCAACGCUGUUGUCCGAUCUGUCGCAGGCGCUGUUCUUCCUCUUGCCGGCCUUCCCAUGUAUGACAAGCUCGGUCUCGGCUGGGGCAACAGUCUACUUGCCUUUAUCGCGGUUGCGCUUAUCCCUAUUCCAUGGCUGUUUAUGAAGCAUGGCGCGUAUCUCCGAAAGCGAUUCGAAAUUAAGAAUCUAUGAUUCUGACGAAACAAAUGGGGUUUCUAGAUGAUUUUUCGUUCUUGGUUUUCUUUCAAGGCAUAUUUUGCGUCACUUCACGACUAGACGGCUCGCGGUUAAAAAUCUAACAAGACUGCUCUAAAAAUUGGCGAGGCAUUCUACGUAUUGCUUCUACUAGUAAUAACACAUGUAUAUACAUCACUUGGCUCUACAGUGAACUCAAACAUAAAAGAAAUCAUCGUUACUAA